AUGAGAGUCCUCUUGAUCCUCUUUCUAUCAUCUUCUUUGUCGAAUGGAAUGUCUAAAGUAGACAGCACUGUUGAUCCUCAUGCCCUGGGAAACAAACCUCGCAAAUUCAGUUUAGGUGGUAUUGUAGAUUGCACAACUCGUGCCGGGAAAGAAGAGAGAGUGGCCAUGGAGAUGGCACUCCAUGACUUUUACAGCAACGCUACCCAGCGGCCCAGACUUUGUGUCAAAGACUCGAAAGGGGAUUCCUUCCGAGCAGCCUCCUCUGCUAAAACACUUAUCAAAAAGCACAAUGUAGAAGCUAUUAUAGGCUUGGGAACUUCGCAAGAGGCCAUCCUUGUUGCUGAGCUUGGCAACAGAUAUGAAGUCCCUAUCCUUUCGAUGGUAAAUGAAGUUCCAGUUUGGGCCUCUUUACGCUGGCCUUUUCUGAUUAAUGCAGCUCGCAACCAGCUCUCACAGAUGAAAGCUAUAGCAGCUAUAGUUCAGAGUUGGCAAUGGCGGAGAGUAAAUGUCAUUUAUGAAGAAAACAAAAUUAAUAGCAUCAUACCACAUCUCUUCUCUGCUCUUCAAGAUGCAGAUGCAGAAAUCAGUGAACUACUGCCUUCCCCCCCCUCACCUCCAUCCCGUUUUUUAUCUGAAAAACUGGUGUCUCUUAGAAACGGGCAGUGCCGGGUGUUCAUCGUUCACACUAGUGCAACACUGGCGAGAAGCAUUUUCAGGGAAGCGAAGAAAUUGGAAAUGAUGGAACAAGAAUAUGUAUGGAUCACCACAGACUCCACAUCAGACUAUUUUAAUACAUUUAAUAAUUCGGUCCUUUCAUCAAUGCAAGGUGCCUUGGGUGUUAAAAGCUACAUUUCCAGUUCCAGUAAAAGAAUCAAAGAUUUUCGCUCAAGAUUUCAGGUGAUGUUCAGCUCUCAAUUUCCUGAAGAGCCAUUUCCAGAGCCAGGGAUUUCUGCCUUACAGGCCUAUGAUGCAACGUGGGCUGUUGCUCUUGCAAUGGAAGGAAGACCAAGUUCGAAAAGGUUCGGAAAUUCUACAAGUAUUACUCCUAUAGCUUCAAUGGGUGGAACAAGUUUGUUGAACAGAAUCUUAGCUUCGAAAUUUGAGGGCUUAACUGGUCAUAUAUGUUUUAUAAAUGGCAUGUUGCAUCCUGCGGUACGAAUCUUUACUCUAGUCAAUGUUGUAGGGAUAAGUACUGAACUCGGGUAUUGGACUGAGGGCUAUGGUUUCUCAAAGACUGUUGCUCCUCGCGGAUGGGCGUCAGCAGCAGGGGGCAAGAGACUAAAAAUAGUAGUUCCAUCAGGAAAUAGUCACAAAGAAUUCGUAAAAGUAUCAUAUGAUAGUCCUGGGGGUAGUAUAAGAGUUACAGGAUUUGUAAUUGAUGUCUUCAACGCCACUCUCUCUCGGUUGCCCUAUGCUUUGCCAUGUGAUUUCACCGGGUAUGAUGGCUCCUACGAUGCCUUGGUAUACCAAGUUUAUAAUCGGUCUUUUGAUGCAGCAAUAGGAGACACGGCCAUUUUGGCCAACCGUAGUAAAUAUGCAGAGUUCUCUCAACCUUUUACUGAGCCAGGUUUGCAGAUGGUGGUGUAUCAGGAAAGUAAGAAAAUAAAUAAAGUUCGGUUGUUCUUGAAGCCAUUUACAGGAAAAUUGUGGAUCAGCAUUGCAGCCAUUACUGUGUAUAAUGGAUUUGUUGUAUGGUUGAUCGAACGGCAGAAAGAUAAUCCAGAUUUCAGUGGCUCUUGGUGGAAACAAAUUUCAACCAUGCUUUCAACAUCUUUCAUUACACUUUUUUCACUCAAAGGUGAAGGAUUGCACAGCAAUUUGUCUCGGAUGGUGAUGGUUGCCUGGCUUUUUGUGGCCUUGAUUACUACUCAAAGUUUUACAGCUAAUUUAUCAUCCUUGAUUACCCUUCAACAACUGAAUGAGAGUCCUGUCACCAUAGAUGCAUUAAAGAAGAGCAGUGCAAAAGUUGGGUGCGAUGUAGACUCCUUUGUAGUGGCAUAUUUGAGAAAUGUCUUGUACAUCCAAGAUGAAAAUAUCGUCCGAAUUCGAAACGAGGAAGAAUAUGCUGCAGCUCUUAUAAAUGGAAGUAUAGCCGCAGCAUUUCUAGAAAUUCCAUACAUCAAGGCCUUCUUGGCUAAAAAUUGCAAUGGCUUCACAACUUCAGGACCAAUAUACAAAGUUGGAGGCUUUGGAUUUGUUUUCCCAAAGAAUUCUCCAUAUAUUCCUGACAUCUCCCAAGCUGUUGUUAACAUAUCAGAGACGCUUAUUGACUUGCUUCAAAUUUCUUUGAACUACUCCGAGUGCUCAGCUUCAAAUUCUGACGACCAUGCAAGUAUCGGACUCACUCCCUUCAUUGGACCAUUUCUGAGUAGCCACGGAAGAAACAGCAGCGGCGGAACUACCAGCACCAGCAGCGACAACCGCACUACCAGCAAGGGUAACAGCAUCUGCAUCACAUCUUCAGCAGCAGCUGGAGCACCAGAACCAGCAGCAUCAGCCACAGUUGCAAACAGUGGAGGGGUAGCAAUGGUACCCAGAUUUAAGAUCCAGACUUCUGCUACUGAUGGCUUGAGGGAGGAUUGA